AUGUCAAGAGGAAGAGACACAUUGGUACUUGGUAGAGUGAUUGGAGAUGUUUUGGAUCCAUUUACAAAAUCUAUUGACCUAAGAGUGGUUUAUAGUAGCAGACAGGUUAUUAAUGGCUGUGACCUUAGGCCUUCUCAAGUUAUUCAUCAGCCUAGAAUUGAGAUUGGAGGGGCAGAUGAUUGCACCUUUUACACUCUGGUAAUGGUGGAUCCUGAUGCUCCGACCCCAACCAACCCAAACAUGAGAGAGUAUUUGCACUGGUUGGUCACCGAUAUCCCAGCAACUACAGGAGUAAACUUUGGAAAUGAAGUGGUAUCCUAUGAGAGUCCAAUGCCUACAACAGGAAUACAUCGGUUUGUUUUUGUGCUAUUUCUGCAAUUGCGUCGAGAGAUUAAUGUCUAUGCUCCUCGAAGUCGUCAGAAUUUCAACACAAGAGAUUUUGCAGAGCUUUAUGAACUUGGAUUACUUGUUGCUGCAGUUUACUUUAAUGGCCAAAGGGAAAAUGGCACUGGUGGUCGUCGACUAUAA